UCAUACACAGCGUGAGUUGUAUUUCCCUCAGUUGGUGUAUACCGUGAAGUGUAUAUCUGUGUGUGUAUAUAUAUAUAUACGCUCAGGGUGAAUAUGAGAGAGAAGAGAAGUAAAUGUCAUGAGAAGAGACAGAGAACACACAGACGCUCAAGAAGGUUUGUACACAGACUAGAAGGAAGAUGGCUGAGGUCAGAGGUACAGGUGAGAGGUGGAGAGGUGGGCAGCUUAUACAAGGGUGACACUUUUGCUGCCACUACCAUCCCAGUACAUAACAAGACCAGUGUCAGGGAGACUCGGGAGACGUACGGCAGGACGGUGGUAGUGACGAUGACCAGGGACGAGGAGAUGGCCAAGGAGGAGAAGAGGAGACCAUUGUGGCUGUGUUGUACCAGUCGUCCCGUCCCCAGGAAGUUCACCUUCCUUCAGCUGGACUACUUGCUUCACAUGAGCCUGCCAGUGGUACGUCUUGUUCCAAGAUACCUGCACAAUGCUGUGCUGCUGCUGUACAUGUACCUGCUUCACCUGGUCUACCACACACUCGCCUUCCUCCUGGCUAACAUCAGUGUUUUCAUGGGCGUCCUGGACGCUCUCAUAUCCUUUAUUGCUGUCUUCUGUUAUGGUCCUCUGCUGCGUCUGCGUCUGCUGUGUGGCGGCUGCUCCUGCUUCUGCUGUUUCUGCUGCUUCUGUCCCUCCUGGUGCUGCUGUCCCUCCCGCCGCCGCCGCUGCUGCUGCUGCUGUCACUACUGCUGUCACUGCUGUGAAGAUAUAAGCAUUACAUUAGACCAGUCACAGUGGAGGAGGCAGCCACCUUGUACCCUCAAACCUAAUUAUUAUAUGAUUUAGGUGACCCAUUAUAUGAUCUAGGCAACCUAAGUAACUGUUACAUGAUCUAGGUGACCUAACUAACUGUUAUAUGACCUACGUGACAUAAUUGUUAUACGAUUUAAAUGACCUUACUAACUAUAACACGAUUCAAGUGACCCUCAAGGGGAUGACUUAAUAAUGGUGUGAGGUUUUUGAUCCAAGGACUUGAACUUGCCCUUUCCUUCUUUGGAUCAAUUGGACCCCAAUGGAAAUAAGUCACUCUGACUUUUUUGGGUUAUCCUAGGUUCUCUACACAUAUGCUGCUAUGUAUGAUAAUUCU